AUGGCAACACCUCCACCGCCUCCCACUCUCUCAACCUCUUCGGAAUCCACUCAACGCAACAAGAAAAAAUUAAAUUUAUGUAUUCAAUCCAGUGAUGAUCAUGAUGAUGCUAAUACUGUUCAUUCCGAUCAAAACGUCCAAUCCAAAAAACGAGUUCAAUUCAUCUCUCAUUUUCAUCAUGAUUUAUUAUUUGUAAAGAGCGGAAUGGUGUUUUUAGAUUCAAACAAUGUAUUGACUCACUCACCGUGCGUGAUGUCUUUUGGUGGAAUUUAUAACUUUAAUGUGAUUGGCAAUGAAAUGUUUUAUUUGGAUUUAGAACCGAAAGAAACUUUGAUUGGCAAUGAACAGAAUUGUGAUGAAAAUGAACAGAGUGAUGAAAAGCAUCGAAGGAAAGACAAAUAUCAUGCAUUAUUUCAAUGGAAGAAAUUAGAAAUUGAAAAGAACGAAAGAAAUUUGACAUUGGCCUUUACCUGA